GGAUUCGUGGUGUCAGUUCCCUUUUUCAAAGACACUAGGCCAACGAUAUUUCGUAUCUGUUGCUGAGAUCUUGGAUAUGUUGAUUGAACCGCACUGGCGUCUGGCUCAAUGGCGGCAGAACAUGAUUCGAAUAGCAGGCUUGGGAGGUGCGAAGUUUGUGACUCCCAGGAUGCCAAAUAUACGUGCCCGGCCUGUGAAGUUAAGACUUGUUGUUUGAAAUGUGUCAAUAUACAUAAGAAGGAAUUGAAUUGUAAUGGAGUAAGAAACAGAGUUGAUUAUAAACCACUUUCAAAAUUCAACAACAUGGAUCUUCAAAGCGAUUAUAUGCUUUUAGAAGAAAUGACAAGAUCAGUUGAAACAUUUUCAAGAGACCCAACAAAACGGUUUACACGCUUGGCCACAGAAUUGCCUCCGCACCUUUUUAAACUUAGAGCUGCAGCCACCAGGAGGGGUACUCAUCUCUGUUUCUUACCUCAGUGUUUUACGCGACAUAAGGAAAACACUACAUUUUUUAAUUGGAAAACACAACUAAUAAAAUGGAGAAUAGACUGGAUAUUUCCUGAGUGUGAUAAUUUGAAAAUAUCAUCAGACCAGUGCCUUGAGACUGAGCUUCUGUCACACUUCACUAGUAGCUUCUUGGUACGUGACAACACUCCACUGUCAGAUCAACAGAAACUGCAGUCUUAUUAUGCAAUAGGACUUCCAGGGCUGUUGUUACUUCUAAAGGCAGAGCUGUGUCGUAAGAAGGAAACACAGUUCUUUGAACUUGACCCGCAUGAAAGUUUGAGAGAAAAUUUGAAGGGGAAGACUGUUAUUGAGUAUCCAACAAUAUACGUUGUGAAGAGGCACAACAAACACAUGUUCAACAUUGUGGAUAUAGAGGAAGAAAGCGAGAUAGAAGCUGAAGAUGACCCGUACGAUACCAGUGGGAAAAAAGCUUUCUUGACCAUAAGGAAGAGGCAUGCAGAAUUACGAAAUAAGAAUAAAAGCCUGUUACUUUCUUAUUCUGAUCAAUCAUCAUCUGAAAAUGAGAGUGAAGAACCAAUAGAGAAGAAAUCUCAUUAUGAUAAGCCAGUUAUUCGACAUUGUACAGAAAAUUGUAGGUGAAAUUAUUCUUUUUGAAGCAAUUACCAAAAUUAAAAGUGGAGUAAAUACAGAUGUCAGUGGAUUGUGCCCCAGUGAACAUGUCAUAUAAUUAAUGUUAUUCAUUGGUCGGUAUGAAAUAUGUUUGUGAUCUGUAUGUCUUUUGUGUAUUAAUAAGUUUUUAUUUUUGUUAAUUCAAGCAUGUAAAUAAAUAUUUCACAUUACAA